AUGUCAAAAAAGCAUCAUAUAAGUUACGUUAAACCGAGCGAUCCCAGCUUUUUGAAGAAAUUAAAGGAGCAAAUCGGGUACAAAGAAGGCCCAACGGUUGAUACAAAACGUGAAGAUUUGGGGCCAGUGUCAGAACAAGAUUUUCAAGACAACGAGGACGAACAGCCACAAGUCGUGGUGCUGAGCCCCGGAGAUCUUACGGCCGAGGAAGCUGCCAAAGAAAAGCUCAGAUUGGAGAAAGAAGAGCAAGAGACACCCGCGGAUUUAAACGCGCCCAUAUUGUUUAAAGCCCCGGACAAAUCAAAACCCAACUCAGAAGUGUCGUCCAAACAGUCCGUCAGCAAAAGGCGGUCUUCGUCGACUGAUCAAACUAAAAAGUCUUCGAAAAAAAUUAAAAAUUCUAGUUUGCUCUCUUUCGACGACGAAGAAGACGAAUAA